AUGGGAAAGCCCAAGCCGCAAAAGAAGAAAUCAUCCAAGCCCCGCGAAAAGUCCGUCCUCGGCCCUGGUGGCUCGGUCUCCAAAAGCACUAUGGCCCAAGACCCCUCGACAUUACUCGAACAGGCCACGGUCCUCUUACAAACGGGCCAGGCCGAUUCCGCGCUGGCGCUGGCACAACAGGCGCUGGACUUGACACCUGAAAAGACGGCUGCGCAGCUACCAGCAGUGAAUCUGCUCGGAGAGAUCAACGUGGAGUUGGGUGACAUUGAUACCGCUAGGCAACAUUUUAUUUACGCGGUCAAUUUGGAUAUAGAUGGUUUCAUACCGGAAUCUGAAGGAGGAGGCGCGGAGAAAUUCCUAUGGCUCGCUCAAUUGAGCGAGCAAGGAGGCACGGAUAGCGUCCUGUGGUUUGAAAAGGGCGUCUCGGCCCUCCGACACGGUCUCCAGUCUCUGGAAGGGAAAACAGCCCCGAAUGAAGUUGCGGAUGCCGAAGAAAAGAAAACAAAAUUGGCCAACGCGCUUUGUGCUGUUGCCGAGAUCUAUAUGACCGAUCUUUCCUGGGAAGAAGAUGCAGAGAACCGAUGUGAGUCGCUCAUUACAGAGGCUCUCCUGGUCAAGCCCGACGCACCGGAAGUGUUGCAGACCCUGGCAUCCAUCCGGAUAUCACAGCUUCGAACCGAAGAUGCCCAGGCCGCACUCACCCGGAGUUUAGGCUUGUGGAAAGACCUGCCUCCGGAAGAUCUGAGAGUGCCGGACUUCCCACUGCGUAUUAGUCUUGCGCGACUUCUCAUGGAGGUGACUAUGGAGAUGGAGGCGCUACAGGUCCUCGAGCGAUUGAUCCUAGAGGACGACCAAAGUGUGGAGGCUUGGUACCUCGGAGGCUGGUGUCUUUAUCUGCUGGCGGAAAAGCAACAGGUACCACAAAAUGCUGCGGCGGACGCCGAGUCUCCGCGACAAGCAUCGUUGGUGGCUAGCCGCGAAUGGCUCAAGACAAGCCUGAAACUGUACGAUCUACUUGAGUACGAAGACGACCGGCUCCGUGAUCAUGCCAUUGAGCUGGUUCAGGAGAUGAACAAGGAGCUCGGUGAGGACGUCGACGACGAUAGCGAAGCCGAGGCAGGCGGUGAUUGGGAGGAUGAGGAGAUCGAAGCUGAGUCGGAUGACUCAGAUCAUGAGAUGGCAGAUUCAUAG